CUUACAGAUGAGUCGAAUGUUACACCUCCCAUUUCCAAAGGUAGCAGUAGUGUCAGUGUUUCAGAACCUGUUUGGAGUUAAUGGACGUUCCAGUAGCAGAGUGUAUGAGAUACUUCAGACCAAUGUGGGGGUGUCAUCCAGUAGAAACUCAGUUUCUGGAUUUAGAACUUUUUGCACUGACCAAGAUUUGUCUACAAAGAAGUGUGUGCCCUGCACCUCAAAGGAUAUGCGACCUAUGACUGAAGACUCAGCAAGUAAUUUACUCACAAAGGUGGACGGGUGGAAUUUGAUAAGUGAAAGUGGUUUGUUGAAACUGAAAAAGUCAUGGAGAGUUAAAUCCUUAAAAAAGGGAUUGGAAAUGUUUAAGCUCGUAAGUGAUGUUGCUGAAGCAGAAGGUCAUCAUCCAGACCUUCAUCUUGUUGGAUGGAACAAUGUGACCAUUGAGAUCUGGACCCAUUCAAUUGGUGGAUUGACAGAGAAUGACUUCAUACUUGCUGCUAAGAUCAAUGCAAUUGAUAUGCAAAACCUGAUGAGGCGGAAAACUACUGAUUGAUCAGUCGGGAAAGCAUACCAAUGGAAAUUGUUGAAAUCGUCUGGCAUUCCUGAAAAGGAAAAAAAAACGUAUUUGUCUUUUGUUGGUCUUUUGGUGUAAAACCAACUGAGGAUGUACUGGUUCAAGAAAGAAAACCUUGCUAGUUUCUGAAGAUACAUGAAGUGGCUGUUUCUUUUAUGUUUAAAGGUCACCAAAGCUCAACGACUUAUAUGUUUGGCACCAUCUUUGAGAUGGAGAGGAUUUAAAGUUCUGGUCAUUAUUUUUUUCUGAAUAUAAAGCUGAUAGACAGAUAGAACACCCUAAAUU